AUGAACGCUAAUGCCUCGUUUGAUGAUGAUAUUGAUAAUAGUGGUCUAAUCAUUCCAGUAACACAACGAAAUUCAAAUCAAAUAUUCGUUAUAUCAUACAAUUGGCCAGCACUAUUUUUAUUAUUUUUUUCAAUUAUGGGUAUUAUUGGCAAUUUAUUAGUUUGUCUUGCUAUUGGAACUGAACGACGUUUACAUAAUCGAACUAAUUGGUUUCUUUUUUCAUUAGCAGUUGCUGAUAUGCUUGUUUCAGGUGUUGUUAUUCCAUUAGCUAUUGUUAAAGAAUUUACAGGAUUUUGGAUAUUAGGUUCAGUUUUAUGUGAUUUAUGGAUAUUUUUGGAUGUUUGUUCAUGUACAUCAUCCAUAAUGCAUAUUGUGGUUAUAUCCAUUGAUCGUUAUUUAGCUAUAAAAGAUCCAUUGAAUGUUCGUUCACGACAAGAAAAAUGUCAAGUACGUCUGCUUAUAAUGCUUAUCUGGUUGAUAGCUAUCUUUUUGUCUUCUCCAAUGAUUGUUCUUGGUGUUAUUAAUCCAUAUAAUAUUAUUAUAAAUGGACAAUGUUUAAUAAAUAAUCAGUUUUUUGUUAUUUAUGGUAGUGUUGUUUCGUUUGUUAUUCCACUUAUAAUUGUUAUUGUUAUGUAUGCAUUAACUGUACAUCGUUUAAAAAAACAAAUAAAACAAUUUGAAGAUCAACCUACUCAAGAACAAAUGACAAAUUCAACUACGAAUAUUACUACUAAACCACUUUUACGACGGCAAAUAGGAAGUAAUACUAUUAUAAAUAAUUUUACACAAUCAACAUCAGCUUUAGCAACAACAGAAUUAAGACAUAAACGUUCUGGAAGACAACAAAUAAGUUUUGAUAUAAGUGAAGAAAGUUCUAAUUAUAUAUAUUUAAACAAAGAUAGAAGUUCAUCAUUUAUAAAAGAUUUUGAAGAGAAAAAAUUAAUGAAAUCAUCUGCUCAUUCGGAAUAUACAUGUCCAAAAAAUCCUUUUUAUCAAUUAAAAUGUACAUGUAAUCAUCAUCAAUUAAACAAAACUGAACAAGAACAAAACCAUUCGGAUUGUCUACAUUGUCGUCAACCUAUAACUUCAAAAGUAACUUUUCGUCCGAAAACAGGUUUCAAACCUCGUCCGAUAUCUUUACCGUCGUCACUUAUCUUAGAUCAAUCUUCAUCAAUCACAGCUAAACCUGCAAAACAUAAUUGGCGUCGAUUAACACUUAUUCCUAGUUUAAUAUCAGCACGUACAAAAUGUUCGGCUGUACGUAAUGAACAAAAAGCUGUUAAAGUUCUUGGUGUUGUUUUUGUUAUAUUUGUGAUAGCAUGGUUUCCAUUUUGUAUUAUGAAUUUAUUACAAGGUGUUUGUAAACGUUGUUCAAUUAAUACAGAUAUAUUAAAUGGUUUUGUUUGGCUUGGUUAUGUUUCAUCAUCAAUUAAUCCACUUGUUUAUACAAUAUUCAAUCGAAAUUUUCGUUUAAAAUUUAUUGCAUUACUUAAAUGUCAAUGUUUAUACCAAACAAAUCAACAAAGACAAUUAUCUUAUUAUAAAAGUUAUUCAUCUUUACAUGGCCCACGUCUUCAACAUACAGAUGGUUUAGUACAAAAUGAUAUUCGACGCUUUAAUGCACAUCGACAACGUAUGGAAACCAUAUUAACAUAA